AUGUUGCAGCCUACAAAGCGAGACGCCGACACUGCCUUUGAAGGCAGCCAUGGCGGCGACUCGCACAAGCAAAAGCGCCAGAGACGAAGAACAAGCGGGAAAGUUGAGGUUGAGAAUACCCCGUCGUUGUCAAAAGCGACGGCGUCGCCUGCUACCCUGAAAACGAGAACCACGAAUGACUCUCCCAAUUCCACUCCCAAGGUCAAGGACACAGUCAAGCCAAAUGCACCGACUUCCAGUGACGCCAAGCCGAAGAAGCAGACACCUACGAAGACUCCGACCCAGGGACUAGCUCCCAAACAAAAACCAGAAGACUCACCAAAGCCAAAAAAUGGCAAUUCUGUAUUGGAUACUGGAGGAACUGAGAAGCCACAAAAUCAAGCCGAAACAAAUAAGCGAAAAAGGAAGAAGCUUACAGCGUUGAAGUCAGAACCAGGCCACAUACGGUCACAAACCACUGGCACCAACGGGGGAAAUUCCGAAGAUUCCAAUUUGGAAUCGAAGGUGUUGGUCAACGAAUUGACGCCAGAAAUGCAAGCAGUACAGCUAUCUAACUCUAAGAGAGUGAGAAAACGCAAUGCCAACCCAGUCAAAGAGAAUGGAACGAGCAUCGAGCGUCAAAAAGUGGAUCAACUGGCUGGGGGCAACAGACUAGACCAGUUCGCCCAUCAAGAACAGAAAAAGCAGUUGGCGAAAAGCAAUAAGCAAAGGUCCAAAGUCGUCACGCAAACGCAGAUGCAAAAUUCAAUCUCGGACGGGAGCGGAUUCAGUUUAUCACCCGGCAACGGUGGAACCUUUAUCGAUCAAGAUCCAAUUUUAACCGCUGAUGACCAAUAUCUGAUCCUGCCGACACACUCUGAAAUCCAAGUCUAUUCAACCAAGACCUCCUUGCUAGUCAGAAGCUUUCGUAUCGACUCUCGAUCCGACAUUACCAGCUGCUCUUUGUCGAAGGCUGACCCGAAAAGGCUGUACGUCUCUAGCUCGAAAGGACUGGUGUCUCUAUGGGAUUGGACAACUGCUGCUGUGAUAGGUAGACACAGCACGGGACGUGGCUCACAACAAAUCGUUCCUUUGUGUCAGCAAGACGACAAGGAGAUGGUUCUGGUUCUACAAGACGAUGGGCAAGGCGGGAAGCGUCUUGAUGCUUAUUCUGUCAAUCUACUUCUAGGCGCCUUCACCGAGUCCAACACAGUGUUGCAGAGGACCAACCUAUCACCCUGCAUCAGAUCUUACGCACGAGGAGCCGUGCUGUUGACAUGCGUGGAAGAUCAACUAUUAGUUGGCCAGUGUCAAGUCACAGCAGAGGGCGAAUUGGACUUGAUCUACAUAUGGAGGGAAAUUACACUGCCGGGGUUUAUAACGAGCUUUGACGCCCAAGUCAACUCAGGCAAAUCCAAGACCUUACGAAAAGUCCCAUUUCUCGACGUUGUGAUUGGUCUGAAUGACGGGGUCAUUAUGCACUAUGAGGACAUUCUCUUCAAACUCAUUGGAAAGGAGAAAAAGAACAAAGCUUCGACAGAGGACAUUGUUGGCCGCAAGCUCCAUUGGCAUCGAACGGCCGUCAACACGGUAAAAUGGUCUCGAGAUCGGAACUAUGUUGUGUCUGGCGGUAACGAGACGGUUCUUGUCAUCUGGCAGUUGGACUCGAAUCAGAGGCAGUAUCUGCCUCAUCUUUCAACGCCAAUCCUGAAUCUUAGUGUGUCAACUGCUGGAUCUUCCUAUGCCCUACGCUUGGGUGACAACUCUGUAAUGAUUCUGUCGACCGCUGAUCUGCUUCCCUCAACGAGUGUCUGCGGCUUGGCUAUGGGAAAGAAUUCGAGUCUCAUUCUUGCUCACCCAAACGUCCCAAACCGACUACUGGCUGCUGUACCUUCCGAUGCCGCCGCAACAGGCCCGUUUCACGGCAGACGUUCGACAUUCUUACAAGUCUAUGAUAUUGAAUCAAAGAUCCAAGUUGGCCGUCAAGCUUUAACACGAAACAUGGUUACCGCGUCGAAUGUUGCUCCCACUGGACAGCCAGUCAGAGAACCCACUGUCAAGCAUAUUGCUAUCAGCCACGACGGCAGAUGGUUAGCGACAGUAGAUGAAUGGCAGCCCAACGAGCAAGAUACAGACAGUACGUACAUCAGUUCCGACGGUGCGGAUCUUCGCAGCCGAUCAACGGAAACGAGUCUGAGACUGUGGUUGUGGAAUGAAGAGAAUAGCAACUUUGAGCAAGUGACCAGAGUUGACGAACCUCACACAGCAGGUCCAAACUCUGUGCUCGGUGUAUCGUUUCACCCUGCGAAACUGGAAUUGGCUACAAUUGGCAAUGAUGCAAGUGUUUGCGUAUGGUCGCCCAAAGCGCGCCACCGGAACGGUGUUUCGGUCAGAAAUAAGGCCAAUGAGCAGCUUUACAACUGGAGCUGCUCAAGGACGAUUCGAUGCGAUCAUGACGCUCCUCUUGAGCGUGGACGCAUCGAGACAAAUGCAAUAUCUGCCGCCUUGGCCUAUUCGGACGAUGGCUCGGUUGUCGCUGCCGCAUGGUUCUGGCCUGAAAACCGGUCCAAGUUCUCGUCGGAAUCCCCUACUGCCACUUCCAAACGGCCUCGAACUCACUUUGUACAUCUCAUCGACCCUACCACAGGAAAAAUCGUUUUCUCCGAGGCCUCCCUUCUCCCGAGUACUAGCAGCGCAGCCAGACUUCUCUUCCAAUCCCGUUAUCUCAUAUGCCUCUCACAGACUCUCACAAUCCUGGACACAAUCACAAAUCGAUUGGUCUCAUCGCCAGUCCAGCUCGACCAACAAUAUGUCCCACCAAAGAGCGGGAGCCCGUUCUUCCUUGCAAAGAAUAAAUUCGACGGAACAAUUGCAAUAUGUCUUUCGCGUUCGGAAUGGCCGAGAGUUAGCAAAUUGGUGCUGUUGAGUUUGUCCAAUGACCGCUCAGGUGAUGCCAUUGCAGGCAGUGAAGGCGACCCAGGCGUGCAGGCGCAGGUUGUGUAUCAGACUUCAUUUACGGGAACGGUCAAGGGACUGCUUCCACUGACCACCGGGCCUGGGUACCUGGUUAUCGACGAGAGGAAUCAAUACCGGUAUCUUAGACCAACGACAGGAGCAUUCGCAAGGACAAACCGGGCCGCCGGGGAGAUAGAGCAAGUCACUAAGAGUCUGGACAGUAUUUUCGGUCGAAAAGGGCUUGUGGCCCCAGCUACCACUGCAGUGCGAGAGGAACUGCCAAAUCCGGUCGCCAAUACUAUGAUGAACGAACAGGUUGGUGCCGGAGCAGGGCUUGAUGGAGUGCUGAGGUUUCCUUCAUCGGCACAAGUGCCCACGCCGACAGAGCUGUUUCAAAAAGUUGUUGGGGUAUUGGCCCGGGGAGAUGAUGUGGAGUUUGAAUAG